UUUCUAAUUGCGCCUAUUGGGUUGGUAGUCUGUGAUGGAGCACCAAAUGAAUUCUCGUAAAAUUUGUACAGCUUUUAGACCCGAGCGAGCCCACGCCCGCCGUGGCUCCACAAGCUGCUGGACACUCGCGUGCGUGGCCCGCUGCGGGUGCGCGCACGCGUGUAUCGCUGUGAUGAAGAGAAGGGGGGGGACCAAAACCUUUGGACGAAGACGGCGCACAUGGGACCGUUGGAUCCAUAGCUUAGUCGUCGACAACAUGGCCAAAAACACCUCAUUAUAUUUUCGCAUUGUCGAGGGCAGGAACCUCCCAGCUAAAGACGUGUCUGGAACAAGUGAUCCUUACUGCAUAGUAAAAGUUGACAAUGAAGUCGUGGCCAGGACCGCUACGGUGUGGAAGAACCUCAAUCCUUUCUGGGGUGAGGAGUACACACUGCACCUCCCAACGGGUUUCCAUUCACUCUCCUUCCAUGUCAUGGAUGAGGAUACUAUUGGGCACGAUGAUGUUAUUGGAAAGAUUUCUCUGACCAAAGAAGCCAUUGGAUCUCAAGCUAAAGCUCUAGACAGCUGGAUAAACCUGACGAGGGUCGAUCCUAAUGAAGAAGUCCAAGGAGAGAUCCACUUGACUCUACAACUGCUGAAAGGCACCGAGAAGACGAUCCUGCGAUGUGACGUGAUGGAAGCCAGGGACCUGGCCCCGAGAGACAUCUCAGGAACCUCGGAUCCAUUUGCAAGAGUUAUUUACAACAACCACAGCGCAGAGACCUCGAUUAUCAAGAAGACCCGUUUCCCGCAUUGGGGAGAGACCCUGGAGCUGGACUUGGAUCCGCAGGAGCUCAGUGAGGAGGGCACUGUCGUUGUGGAGGUCUGGGACUGGGACAUGGUGGGCAAAAAUGACUUUCUGGGAAAGGUCGAAAUCCCUUCUGCUUGUUUACACCAAAGUCCUCUAUUGGAGAGCUGGUUCCGUUUGCUUCCUUUGGGAAACAAUGAGGUGGAUGCAAAUGGCAAGUUGGGCGCACUGCGACUGAAGGUGCGUUUGGUGGAGGAUCAGAUUUUGCCGUCGUCGUACUAUCAGCCCCUCAUUGACCUUUUGGUUGAGUCGGUCAUCUCCCCUGCUGAGGUUGAGGACAGCAGUGCGCUUACCAUGCUGGAGGAAGUGACUACGGUCGAGAGCCGGCAAGACGUGGCCAUGACCUUGGUGAAGAUCUACUUGGGUCAGGGCCUUGUGAUUCCCUUCUUAGAUUAUCUCAACACCCAGGAGGUCAACCAUACCACUGAUCCAAAUACUUUAUUUCGUUCCAACUCCCUUGCGUCCAAAGCCAUGGAGCAGUUUAUGAAGGCUGUUGGCAUGCUGUAUUUACACGAAGUGUUGAAGCCCAUCAUCAACCGCAUCUUUGAUGAGAAGAAGUACAUCGAACUGGACCCCAGUAAGAUUGACCUGAAUCACACGAGGCGAAUUUCAUUUAAGGGCGCAGUGUCGGAGGCGGAGGUGCGGGACAGCAGCGUGGAGAUGCUGCAAAGCUACUUGACGAGCAUCGUUGACUCAAUCGUGGGCUCGGUCGAGCAAUGUCCCGCCGUCAUGAGGGUGGCCUUCAAACAGCUGCACAGGCGCGUCGAAGAGCAGUUUGCUGAACCGCAGAACGAGGAUGUGAAAUAUCUCGCCAUCAGUGGCUUCUUUUUCCUGCGUUUUUUUGCUCCUGCCAUCCUCACUCCAAAACUGUUCCAGCUGAGGGAGCAGCAUGCUGGUACACGCACGAGCAGGACACUCUUGCUGCUGGCCAAGGCAUUACAAAGUGUGGGCAACCUGGGCCUCCAGCUCGGUCACGGAAAGGAGCAGUGGAUGGCGCCUCUUCAUCCCAUCAUCCUGCGCAGCGUGGCGUCCGUCAAGGACUUCUUGGACAAGUUGAUUGAUGUAGAUCAUGACACGGUAUCUGAGAUGCCGCAGCGCGGCGUGUUCCUGCCCUCGGUUAUCGUCAAAGAGGGAUACCUCCACAAACACAAGGCGGAAGGGGCCCAGCUUCUGUCCCGCUUCGCCUCCAAGAAGCGCUACUUCUGGUUGACGAGCCAGACGCUCUCUUACGCAAAGACGCCCGAUUGGCAGGUGCGCGCAUCAAUGCCCAUCCAUUGUGUGCGCGCGGUGGAGAGGGUGGAUGAAAACGCCUUCCAGCAGCAGAACGUGAUGCAGGUCAUUACCCAGGACGACGACGAUGGCCAACUGCAAACCAUGUACAUCCAGUGCAAGAACGUAAAUGAGCUGAACCAGUGGCUGUCGGCUAUCAGGAAAGUCAGCAUCUACAACGAGCGCAUGCUUCAGUCCUUCCACCCGGGGACGCACCGCGGGGGCAGGUGGACCUGCUGCCUGCAGACGGACCGCACGGUUGCAGGCUGCAGUAGAACCCACUCCGCUGUGACUCUGGGGGAUUGGAGUGACCCCCUGGAUCCCGAUGUGGAGACUCAAACUAUUUACAAGCAGCUUCUCCAGGGAAGAGACAAACUCAGGAAAAAAUAUCUUCCAGAGGCAGAUGCAGAUCAGACGGCCAGCAAGACAGAAGACGUCAACCCCGACGCCUGCCCAGAUGGCGCCGAAUGUGAAGUGGACCCCGCGAAACCAGGUCGUAGCCUCGCCGCUCGGCUCUUAAUGGCGAUCGAGGCUCUAGAACAGGCUCACGCGACCUUCCGGUGCAGAGACCAGGAGGACUCCACCAAUGGAAUUGCGAAUCUGCAGAACAGAUUCGAACAGGGAUCUCAAUAAAUCCUUCAGAGAUACAAGCGAGAUGGCGAGGGAGGAAAUGUGGGCGAACGGGGGCGUGUCCUUUUUACUGCGUUUCCAAAUCGGUCGGCCAUACUUUGUAUUUUGAGUGCCAGCGACUUGAGGAAAGCCCCCGGCAAUUUAUGACGUCUGGCGAUAAAAGGGAGCGUGAUUGGACUUGAUAUUUUUCACGCGUGGCCUGCAACCUCGUGCGGUUGAAUGUGAGGGGCGAAGAAAUAAGGUUUUAUAUUCUGAUGUAGUGUACAAGUCACUACGUCACACUUUUUUCAUUUUUUAAUGCAAAAGGUUGUUGUAAUGUAAGCUUAACUUUGUGAAAGUGGGAUUUUUUUUUUUUUAUUGGCACUUUCAAUGUGACCAUGGCUGCCACGUAGCAGUGACAUCGUCUUCAUCAUCGUCAUCGGUAACAUUGCCACAUGACAACAAUAUCAAUUAUGUUCUGAUUGUUGCCUUUUAUGACAAGAAAAGUGUGCUUUUGUUUGGUGCUAUCAGCAUUCAAAUCAAAUGCUUCGUACUUCCUUUCAGCUAAGGAUGCAUUAUGAUAUCAUAUGGGUAAUAUUUACCUCUUACAUAUUAUAUCCAGCCACCCGGUUGAUUACAUACAGAGUAAAUUAAACAUUAUUUUGGAUUACAUGAACAAAUUAUUGAGUAGGUUGCAAUAAUUUUUUUAAAGUGGUGCCACUAAUGCUGGCAAUUCAAUAUGUGACGUGUGAAAUCCCAGUUACCAUAUUUGUGAAUUUAGAUCUAUUUUACAUCCAUACAUGAUGUUAAAUCAUACAAUUUAAUGUAAGCAAUCACCGUCUGCUUUUCAAUGCUUUUACUCUUUAAAUUGAAGUGUUUGUAUUAAUAGAAGAGCUUCAGUAUUCUUUACAAUCGUGACUAUUCCAGAAAUGACAAUCAGUGUUACAUUUUCAUGUUGUGGUAUUGUCAAGACUCCAAAAUAGUGAUUUGGUUUCUUUUGGGCUCAGAUUUAGUUUUUGGAGGCAUGACCUAUGGGCAGCCUACACGACAAGUGAAUAUGCACACAAAAACAACUUAUUUUAAAAUUUUGCUGCGACACAGGUGAAAUAUUCACAAUAUUCAGUAUUCUUCAAACACAAACUGUAUAUCGUAAUUCCCGGCCUACAGAGCGCACGUGGUUACAAGCCUCACCGAGUACAUUUGUAAAGGAAAUACCAUUUGGUACGUACAUACGCCGCAGCUGUGCCAAAGGCGCGAGUGCCCAUAUUGAAACACGAGUAAUUUACAAAGAAAGACGGUACACAGAGUUUAACGCUAGUGCUAACGCUAACGCUAGUGCUGACGCUCGCGCCGCGCUAGCACUAACGCUAAUAGGAUUGAUUAAAAUGAAAUUUACCGGUAAAUAUCACUGAGACACGCCAGGAACACAGCAGCUACACGCUAGCACAGCGCUAACGCAAGCGCAGCGCUAACCGGGCCAGUAUACGUCACUUCUUCGGCACAGAUAUUCCACCGCCCUCAUUCUUACCUUUUCCACUCGAGUGCGCCUAUAGAAAAGAAUGCACAAAUUAGCCGCAUCACGCAUAAACCGCACGGUUGAAAGCGUGUGAAAAAAAAAGUCGCAGCUUGUAGGCUGGAAAUUACUGUAAUUUAUGAUGUAAAGAUGUGUAAAUCCCUUGCAUAUUUAUUAAAUUUCACUGACUGUGCACAAUGAUGUCAGGAGAUAAUUCUGUGUGUGUUUUUUUUUAA